AGAGGAGAGAGGGAGCGGUUUGGAUGUGACCGCGACUCCCGACUCCGGACUGGACACAUGGGCUCAGGGGACAGCAUGGAACAGCCCCCGAGACAGAUCACUGGGAUGCUGAUGCUGGCCAUCUUUACGGCGGUGCUUGGAUCCUUUCAGUUCGGUUACGGUCUCGGUGUCAUCAAUGCUCCACAGAAGGUUCUGGAGCGACAUUAUGCCCACGUCCUGGGUUUGUUGGUGGAGAACGAGACGGUGGCCGGAAACGUGAGCCAGGGCUCCCCACCGUACGGACACCCGGACAUCGGCAUGUACUGGGCGCUCUCCGUCUCCAUCUUCUGUAUCGGGGGCAUGAUUUCCUCUUUCUUCAUCGGGUGGAUCGCAGACAAGCUGGGGAGGCUGAAGGCAAUGCAGGUGGUGACCAGUCUGGCGAUGGUGGGUUCUCUCCUCAUGGGUUUGGCGAAGUUGGGUCCGUCUCAUGUGCUGGUCAUCGUGGGACGAAGUCUCACUGGACUUUAUUGCGGGCUGAUCUCGGGGCUGGUGCCCAUAUACAUUGGGGAGAUCGCACCCACCAGCCUGCGGGGGGCACUGGGCACCCUCCACCAACUAGCCAUCGUCACCGGCAUCCUCAUCAGCCAGGUGUUGGGUCUGCACUUCCUGUUGGGUAACGACGCUUGGUGGCCACUGUUACUCGGCCUGUCAGGGGCCCCGGCCGUGCUGCAGUGCUGCCUCCUGCCAUUCUGCCCCGAGAGCCCCCGCUACCUGUACAUCAAUCUGGGCCAGGAGGAAGCCGCCAAGAACAGCCUCCAGCAGCUGUUGGGCCCGUGUAACACUGACAAGGACAUUGCGGAGAUGAAGAAGGAGAAAGACGAGAUUCAGAGAGAGAAGAAGGUCUCCAUCCCGCAACUGUUCUACAACUCCAGCUACCGUCAGCCCAUCAUCGUGGCUCUGGUGCUGCACCUGGCACAGCAAUUCUCCGGCAUCAACGCGAUAUUUUACUAUUCCACCAGUAUAUUCGCGGUGGCUGGUGUCUCCCAUCCUGACUACGCCACCAUCGGUGUGGGAGCGGUCAACAUGAUCGCUACUGCCGUGUCUGUGUUCCUGGUGGAGCGGGCUGGGCGCCGCAGUCUGUUUAUGCUGGGCCUGGCCGGCAUGUGCCUGUGUGCCGUGGCCAUGACCGUGGGCCAGGUGUUACAGCACUCCAUCACCUGGAUGAGCUUCGUCAGCAUGUCAGCCAUCUUCCUCUUCAUCGUCUUCUUCGAGAUCGGCCCGGGUCCCAUUGCAUGGUUUAUUGUGGCUGAGUUAUUCAGCCAAGGGACGCGGCCGGCAGCCAUGACAGUUGCCGGCUUCUGCAACUGGACCUGUAACUUCAUCGUGGGAAUGUGCUUCCCAUACAUGGCGAAACUCUGUGGUCCGUACGUGUUCAUUAUCUUUGCGGGGCUGCUGUUCGGCUUCACGCUCUUCACCUACUUCAAGGUGCCGGAGACAAGGGGGAAGACCUUCGAGGAGAUCGCCCAGGAAUUCCGGCGCAAGAAACGUCCAGGAAAGGCCAGCGCCACGGAGCUGGAGCAUCUGGAGAGUACGGCCUGAGAGUGCGGACACAGAGUGGGCGGGUGGGUGGACGAGCGAGCGGACAUCUCCUCACUCUCAGCUUGUCUACUCUGGGGUGAACCUGAGGUGGAAGCAGUUGCCCUGGAGGCCUGAGUACCCGCCUAGCUCAGCAACUGGACCAUAUGAGGCCGUCUAAGCGUGAGGGUCAAUGUGAUUCCGUUACCAAAUACGUCGCCUUGGAGCCACAUCAGCCCCAAGGAGACCUCGCAACUCCCCUCUGCCACCAAGACAGUCACUCAUUGCUUGUUUGAUGUCUGACAAUCGUGUGAGUUUGAGCCCUUGCCAGGUGAUGGCAGGUAACUUGACUUUCCUGUUGGGCAACACAGCUCAGUGUGAAAUGCGCGAGAACAUUGCCACCACCUUCCUGCCCGCAGCUUGGACACCUGUUAUUUCUAAGAUGUUCGUUUGUUUUGCGUCUGUUUGUGGAACAUCGCCUCAUGCAAAUUGGCUGCUGCGUUUGCCUCCAAAGUACACAGUCACUGCAUUACACUUCAUUGUGUGAAAUCAUGUGAGACAUCUCCAGGACAUGAAAAGCUCCAAUUCUUGUCAGGUGUACGAGUGGUUUAAGUUGGAGGAGUCUGGAGGCCAACGUGUGGCCAGGAAACAGUUGAUGGACUUACUGUAUUGUACUUUAUGUGGAGAUGUUACUUUACACAGAUUGGAAGUUAGAGCAAGAGAGAAUGUGAAGCGGAAAGAUUAACAGAAUAUUAGGGGGAAACGUCUGACAGACAGACAGACGCACACAGAAACAGACACAUACAUACAAACAUACA